CAUCCAAAUUAACACCCCAUCUCUCUCUCUCUCUCUCUCUCUCUCUCUCUCUCAUCGUUCAUAAAAAAAAAUAAGGGUCUUUAAGGAUGAAGAAGAUGAAUAUUCUGCUAAGGAAGUGCAAGAGCUUGUCAAGGCAGCUAGGGAGAUCGUCGUCGUAUAGUAGCCUAAGGUCGAAAUCUACGAGGGAAGCUAUAUUGAGGCAUGAAAAUCAUGAGCUUCAUCCUCAUCAUCAUCACCAAUCUAUAAUAUAUGUAGGAAGCACGAGGAAACGUUACGUGAUUAACUCAAAGUACCUCAACCAUCCGUUGUUAGAUGCCUUGAUCAACAAGUCAUCGAAGCAAAAGCGAGGAGAGGAGGAUGAUAUAUUUGUCAACUGUGAGGUGGUUUUGUUUGAUCACUUGUUGUGGAUGCUGGAGAAUAAUGCAGAAGAUCCCAGCUUUGGUAGCACUUCAGAGUCAUUGGAGGAAUUGGCUGCCCUCUAUGUGUUCUGAAUAAUUAGGGCUGUUGGUGUUUGAUCUGCUAAUUCAAAGAUCAUUCCUUUGCUGCUAUUGAUGAUUAUGUUUAAUUUAUUUAUUUUUUGUUGUAACCACAAUGGCGUUUAAUUUGAUGGAUCAUGCCAGUAUGAUUUUAUUUGUGCUUGUCAUGGGGUUAUGAUGUUGUACUCUAUCAAUAUUCUUGAAAUUCUCUCAUAUAAAAUUAAAAUAAACGUCCCUAAGGGUCUAUUUGAAGCAUGUUAAAAUGAUUUGUAUAUGCUUUUGAUACUUGGGGAGUGCCCAAUAAUAAUAAUUUGGUGCUGUUAUUAGA